GAGAGUUGUACCUGUCUGCAUGGAAUUUUAAUUCUGAUGCAAGUUUUGAAAAGAAUGCAUUGGCAAGAAAGUUUGCUUUUGAUUUCCCAGCUUCUUUCCAUCUUGGAAAGAUAUACACAGUACUUUGUACUUCAUCCUUUGUAUCAUGUAAUCCAGUGAGAGAGAGAGCUGUUCAGAGCAGCCAGAGCAUACUGCUUCCAGUUUGGGUGCGCAUAUAGCUGUAUCCCAGCUGCAGGCACGCUGCCUUCAGCAGCAUGGGGAGGACAAUCUGCUAGCCAGCACCGAAGUCAGUGCCCAGAAGAUUUGAGUAUUUUGCCCACAGAUAGGCAGACUUCAGUUUGAUCACAUGAUCUUGGGAGUGCCAAUGGCUUCUUCAUGAGUAAAAGCCAAAGAAUAAAUGGGGACCUGAAGGGUCUCUUAUCCAGAGCUCCUGCAGGGAUCUGAACUGGGGCUCACAGUGCCUAGGAAGUUGAGCAGCUUUUCCCUCUGAGAGUUACAAGUUCAGUUUCUCCCCAGGAGCAUCUCUGCAAAAUGGGUUUUCUCUCCUUCAGGGCAACCAAGUAACAAAAAGCCAUAGAUGCAGUUGGUUAUGAGGCAGAGGAGUUGGUUACUGGCCUAUGGAGACUAGACUCUCGCAGCACUAGAAGUACUGGCUUUGUGCAUACUUCUCUCUUCAGAAUUGGGGUGAAGGUUUUAAGACCUGGAAGGAUGUCUUUUGGAAUCAGUUAUUUGUAAAUUGUAUUAACUCAGGAGUGCCACUCCUGUUGUCUCUAAGUAAGUGUUUGUUUCCCACAGUCAGAGAAUGACCAACAGGUCUGUGUAAAUUUAACUCCAGCAUCUUUUGUGAUACAAAAUACAACUUGAGGCACAGUCUAGACAAGAUGUCCUCAACAUGUGAACCCUCUGAGGGACCUCUUUUAGGUCUCGAGGAUUUCUCAUCCAGAGUAUCUGUUCUUGCCGUAAGAUUGUCCCUCAGUAAGAGUACUUAUUAAAGUCCCCAUUACCAUGUUAUGUUGUUAGUUGGAUGAACUAGCUGUGAGUUCGUUUACAAGUGCCACCUGCAAGUGAUGUUGCAUUUAAAUUUUUAGGGUGUCAUUCGUAAAGUGUGACCUGUGAGAGUGAGCACCAUUUUUUUGGACAGAGAAUUAUUCUGGGUUUUGGUUGUGUUUGUUGGGUUUUUGUGGAUUUUUCAAGAUAAACUGGUUUUCUGCUUUGGGAAGGGGAAGAACUGAUCCAAACAGAGGAGUAAAGACUUGCAGAAUCAAUGUUUAAGACUAGCAGGAAUAAAUCAUCCCCAGCUAUCAGAAGCUGGUGGUUCUGAAGCUGCGAUGGCUGACCCUCAUGUUGUGUAUGUAAUCUUGCAGGUUGCAAUUCCCCCAGCUGGCCCUGAGGCGAAGGUUGGGCCAGCUGAGCUGUAUGUCUAGGCCUGCUCUGAAACUCCGUUCUUGGCCUCUGACUAUUCUCUAUUAUCUUCUGCCUUUCGGUGCUCUUAAGCCCUUGACCAGAGUGGGAUGGAGGCCUGUGAGCAGGGUUGCUCUGUACAAAUCGGUUCCGACUCGCCUGCUCUCACGAGCCUGGGGUCGCUUGAACCAGGUGGAGCUGCCGACAUGGCUCCGGAAGCCUGUUUACAGCCUGUACAUCUGGACAUUUGGAGUGAACAUGAAGGAGGCAGCUGUUGAAGAUCUGCAUCACUAUAGAAACCUCAGUGAGUUCUUCCGCAGGAAGCUGAAACCGCAAGCACGGCCAGUCUGCUGCAUGCACAGUGUGAUCAGUCCCUCUGAUGGAAAGAUUCUUAAUUUUGGACAAGUAAAAAACUGUGAAGUGGAGCAAGUAAAAGGGGUUACUUAUUCUCUGGAAUCCUUCUUGGGACCUCGUGUCUGUACAGAGGAACUGCAUUUUAGCCGGGCCCCAUCUGGUAACUCUUUUCAGCAACAGCUAGUCACAAAGGAGGGGAAUGAGCUCUACCACUGUGUAAUCUACCUUGCACCAGGGGAUUAUCACUGCUUCCAUUCCCCCACUGACUGGAGAGUGUCACACCGGCGUCAUUUCCCAGGCUCUCUGAUGUCUGUGAAUCCCGGAGUUGCUCGCUGGAUCAAGGAGCUGUUCUGCCACAAUGAACGAGUUGUCCUUACAGGUGACUGGAAACAUGGCUUCUUCUCUUUAACAGCUGUAGGAGCAACUAAUGUGGGCUCUAUUCGCAUCUACUUUGACCAGGACUUGCAUACCAACAGUCCUUCUUACUCUAAAGGUUCCUACAAUGACUUCAGCUUCAUAUCCAACAACAACAAGGAAGGGAUCCCCAUGAGGAAAGGGGAACAUUUAGGGGAAUUUAACUUAGGGUCUACAAUUGUACUCAUCUUUGAGGCACCCAAGGACUUCAAAUUCCACCUCAAAGCUGGACAGAAAAUCCGUUUUGGAGAAGCACUGGGCUCUCUAUAGCAACUCUCAGCAAGGUGGUUUUCUACACAAAGGGACUCUUAUCACACCACUGAGUGUUUCAUUUAACAAGUAUGUAUCACUCAGCAGGACCUGGGUGAGGAAAACUGAAGAAUGUCAUUGCUAUGUUAAAACUGAGAGCAUUUGUUUUACACUGACAUGCUGCUGAAUGCAGAAAGAGAAUUGAAUGACCAGAGGUGUAUCAGGUACAGCUGCCUUUAAAGAUGUUGGCCAUGGAGGUUUCAUGGAGGACCCAUCCUGUGCCUGUAGUCUUUCAUGUUCUCCCUUCAAUGUGCCACAGGGAAAUUUUGUUCUUAAACCCUUUUAAGCCCUCCAAGGCUGUGCAGGUGCAAUGGGGAAGGGUAGAGAUUAGCUGUAUUUAAAGGGACAGUGACAGGCUGAGUCAGACCUUGUACCUGCAAUGUCUGUUUUUCAGACUUUGAAUAAAGAAUGUGUUCUCAUUUUAUUCUGACAUACUCUGAUGAAGCUUUUAAAUAAAGGUAGCUGUGAAUGCAGAGAGACAAAUAGUUCAGGGGGCGAGUAUGGAUUCACAGUUCAGAUAUGCAAAAUGUAGACAGCAUCAGUACAAUAAAUUGCACUCAUCCAGGUCUUCUACUGUUAGACAAUUCUUUUACCUGACAUUGUCCCUUUAAAAAUGGACUUUGCACUGUAUUUUAAACCUGAAAACACUGUGUCUACAUUCCAUGUGAUGAAACUGGUCAUCUUGGGUUUUUCUUUUAGAGAAGUAAGAGUAGACAAAGCUGUGUCCUCUUCCUAAUCUAUGGUUCUAUUUUUCUCUUCCAGGCCUUAAAGAUUUUGUUUGUAUGAGAGGCAGUAUGGAUUAAGGUGUUAGAAGAGGGAAUAUUUUUCCUUGUGUGAUGCAAUAAGGUAGCAGCCAAAAUGUUUUUACUCCUUGCAAUGCAUCUUCAUUGUUGCUUUGUCACUAAAAGCUUGAAGAAUUACUUUCUCUAUUUAGUGAAGUUUCAGAUACUUCAGGACCAAUUUUUAUUGCACCGAGUGAAGUACAUCUAUGCACUGACUGUGUAUAAAGAUAUUAUGAAUCUUUGAAGCAAUCCCAGAUUGCCUCCCAGGUGUGAACCUGGCCAUCCUGUAAUGGACUGGCAACAAUUUCAUCUUAUUCAAAAGAUGACUCUGACUUUUGUCCUCAUGCUAGGAAUGUGCUGAGGACAAACCUCUGUGCUGAAGCUUCAUCCUACAGCAAAACUUCAGAGCUUUCUUGUAACACCAUGUCAAGAAGAGUUUGAAAUCUAACACUUUGGGAGCUAUCUAAUGUGGCACUGACAGAAACUGGUGCCAAAGUGAAGAAGAGGCAUUGAGUUUUAAAUGUAUUAUUUGUUUUUAGAGAAUAAACUUGUUUCAGGCCCAGGCACUCAAACAUUUAAAACUGACUUUGCUGUCCAGAGCCUGGUGGAGUGAACAUGCCUUUCUGCUUUCUCAAAGAUUCCUAUUACUUUCUUGCUUGAGCUAAUUUUCUGCUACUUUAAGGAGAUUGUAGGCUUUAACUAGCUCUGAUUUUCUAAAGAAAAACUUCUUUGUAUGCACUGCAGAAAAGAGAAUAUAAUUUUGUUGUACAAAUGUCCAGUUUGCCAAGUCCUGUAUGCUUAGCUUGUCAUCAGGAAAGAUGGGAUGAUAAACUGCCUCAAUGACUUCAGUUAUGGUGGCUGGUUGGGUGACAAGCAGGAAAAAAUUCAUUUGGCUCCAGGAGUCAAUGUUUCCUCACUUUACAUGAGGAGGAGUUUGAAAGCUUGAAGUGGCUCUCAGCCACCCAUCUUGUUAAAUUCCUUGGCAUUAGCAAGUUUACUCCUGCAGCAGUAUGUUAUCAUAUACAGGUUAUAGAAACAUGCACUUUUAAAACUGUUGCUAUUUAGAAAAGACGAAGGCAAACAUCAACCCCAGAGGCUGAAGCUAUGACUACUAGCCUUUUAACUAAAUAUCAUAACAGUAGAAGGCAAAUUCAUUCCAGUGGAUGACGGGAAAGACCACUGAAUCUUUUUCCCCUUUUCCACUGGGGCCUCUGCCACCCAGACACAGCCAAAGCAACUUUGAGCUUUAAUUUCUCCAUGCUCAGCAUCACCAUCCACAGUAUCUGAAGGUUAUUGUUAGCCUAGUAACGGAGCACAGGUUACCUGGUGUGUGCUUUAUUAGAAACGUAAGGAGGAGAGGAUUCAGCGUGCAAGUGGCUGGUUUUGUGAUAGUCUUAAUACUGUGCAGAGCUAGCUGAUUAACAAACAAGUUUUGUUAUGCAGUGGUCAGCAAUGCACCCUGGAAGUGAAAAAGCAAAGUUCCUAGAGGGUACUGAUAAUGCUGUGAAUUUCUCCUGCAUGGAGAAUCCAUUUAAUUCAACUGUAUCAGUAGCAUGCUAUUUUUGUAUGUCAAAGUGUAUGACUUACUGACAUGAACUCAUUUAAUUGCAAAGAUUUUGAAAUAAAGAGUCUUAUCAGUGUUGCUUA